AUGAAGGAGCAGAUCAGAGUUCAGAUACAUCUUUUCAUUAAGUUAAAAUACCAUUGGAUACAAAAAAUCCCUACAGAAUGGCAGGAUAUAGUCAAAUAUCUUAGUGAAUACAAACCUAAGCUUCAUGCCAUGAGUGUAAGAUGGGUUCCACCACCAAGGAAUAAAAUUAAAGUGAAUACAGAUGGUGCUUGCAAAGGGAAUCCUGGACAAAGUGCUUAUGGAUUUUGUAUUAGGGAUGAAUUUGGUAAUCUUUUAUAUGCACAGGGAGAAGAUAUUGGUUUUAGAACCAAUACGGAAGCAGAAAUCAUUGCAAUAUUGGAGGCCCUAAGAUACUGUAAAAGGGCUGGAUUAGAGGGGUUUUGGCUGGAAUCAGACUCUCUCAGCAUUGUUAACUGUCUAAGGAACUCUUGGAAAGUUCCCUGGGAAAGAGUUGAGCAGGUGGAAGAAUGUAGGGUAUUAUUGGAGAUCACUAAAGCAAAGAUUCAACAUACACUGAGGGAGGGGAAUAAUUUAGCGGAUUUCAUAGCUAACGCAGUGAUAGGAGCAGUAUGA